AAUGCUUCAUUUCAUACAUUCCUAACCUGUUAAUGGUCAUCAUUCUAUAAUCAAGGUGAAGGGCCUCUUUAAGAGACAAGAGAGGAGUUGAACGUCCUCCACCAUACCUUAGUUUAAAGGGGCGAUUGUGGAAGCCCCAUGAAAUGCCACAUAGUGAUGGUGUCACUUUAAAAAACACCCAGUCCGGUCUGUGAACGGUUGGCGCUAGGAAGGGCAUCAAAGAUAGCAGGAUAGGUUCUGCUUGGAAAAAGUUCAGAGAGUUACUUCCUUUGUUGACUAGGAGAGUCCUGUCAAUUGAGGUAAAAGGAAGGUUGUAUGAGGCCUGUGUAAGAAGUGUUAUGUUGUAUGGUAGUGAGACAUGGGUAGUGAAGCAGGAAGAUCUUGAUCGUUUAGAAAGGAAUGAUAUGAGAAUGGUUAGGUGGAUGUGUAACGCCAGUCUGAGAGACAGAAAGAGUUCAGAUGAGUUAAGAAGCAGGCUAAGUCUCCGUAGAAUUAAAGAUGUUAUCUAGAUAAAAAGAUUAAAUUGGCUGGGGCACUUGGAAAGAAUGGAGGAGGAUAAUUGGGUAAGAAAGUGUAUAGACUUGAUAGUUCCAGGGGCAAAGCUCAGAGGCAGACUGAGAAAGACUUGGCAGGAGGUUAUAAGGACAGACUUGAUACAGAGGAAGUUGAGUUUAGAUCUAACACAGUCUAGAUCAGAUUGGAAGAGGGUCAUUAAUAUACCCCGUCCAACCCAUGCUAGCAUAGAAAACGGACGUUACGCCGAGAAUGAUGAUGAUGAUGAUGAGGGGCGGUCUUAAUCUGUGCAGCUAUAGUUGCAAAAUAAAUCUGUGCUAAUCACAUGAAAUAUGACAUUUUGUUAAAUGUGUUUAAGGUGCUGUCUUUCGAGGGGUCAUUUAAUCAAUAUAAUUAUUUUGGUGCUAUAUGCUAUUAUAUAUACUUCAGGAAAAAACUUAUACACAAUAUUCUAAAUGCCUAACUGCAUGUACUGCAAGGCUGACGUCCGUAAAGAUGAAUGUGAUGUUUAUAAAUGUAGUGGUUGUGGAUUGUAUGUUCACUUGGCAUGUACAAAUUGCAAUAAAACAUCCAGAUUAAAAGGUGAUUAUUUGUUUCAAUUUCAAUGCAAGAUGUGCAACUUUGAUAAAAUAGAUGCGAUAAGUAGGAUGAAGUUGAACUGGGUGCAGAUAAUUCAUUUGGCGUUGUAUAACUUGACAAUUCUUGAAAACGGACGGCAAGGAUUUUUCAGGUGGAAAGAAGAAAUCUGUACUUUUAUUGAACAGAACUGGAUGAAUUUAAUGCCAGGUCGCACCAAAACCACAACGUGGAGCAGUACUGUGGCUGGAGCGUUAUCCGUGCACAGCCCAAAACUUUUUAAAUCGGGACAGUACAUGUUUAAAGAACCAGGAUGGUGGGGCUUGCAAGAAGUGAGUCCUCCUUUCAGAGAUUCCGAGUUGUACAAAACAUUAAAAACAGUCCCUCUCACAGAGAUGUCGGAAAAAAAGGCUGAAGCUAAACUUUACGAUGAUCCUUUGCGGUAUGGUCGUGGAAAACGCCAAAAGAAAGACAAGAAAGCCGAUUGUAACAACGUAGCUUUCAAAAUACCGAAAAUGAGCAACGAUAAGACAAAAGUCAGUAGUAUACCACCUACCACUAGCAACACCGAACAUGAAAUCCAUGCUCCACCGAUACCGAAAAUAAAAAUUAAGCUUGAGAGUGGAACCAACGCGGAACAGCAUUCUCCAAAAGCUGUUGUCGAUUGCCAACCAAUGAUAAUUAAACCGGAACCAGUUGAUACCUCCGUUUGGGAAGAAACUUUGCCUAGUUUACCGGUUGAUGAAGAUUCGUUUGACGGCAUGGAGUUUUCCUACGACGCAAUGAAUUUCUCCAAUAUGGAUUUCUCUUCUGUGGACGACCCGUUUCCUCUGUUCGAUGAUGCUCUAUCCUCCAUACGCUCUGUACAAUGCGACGAUGCUAGUAAUACCCAAAUCGAUAAACACGAAGAAGCUAAUCAUAAAGACUUGAUUCCGAAUGAAUUUUUAAAACGCGAGUUAGUGGAAACCCCAACUCCAGAGUCAGAAAUCGAGCAGAAAAAAUUGGUUUCAUUGACACCAAAAGAGGAAUUGGAAUUUUUGUCAAAUAUUAGCAGCUACACCAAUGUGAUGGAGUGCGACUCGUCCGUUCGUAGACUCUAUCGUAAGUUACAGAAUCGUAAACUGAAGAGAGAAAUCGGACUGGAGAUUUUUAAUCUAGACGUGACGGUCAACAAGCUAAUCAAAAAAACAGCCCCAGACAGUAUGAAGUUUCUGUUCAGCAGUGAAACUCCGACGGCGUUGCCGGAAAAUAAAAAUGCUGUCAAACCCAUUACAGACGAUAAUUCUUAUCAUCACCCAGCGUUGCAGGGAGUAAACGUGUUAGAUCGGUUUGACUAUAAACAAAAUUUGCGUGCGAGUUGUGAAAAACGCAGAACUACUCUGGUUGGUAUGAUUGGAAAUGCGGAAGAUUUUAGUUACACGCGCUCUAUUACAAGUCCCUACACGUCGAGAGUUCUAAAGCCAUAUAUUCGCAGAGAUUUCGAUACGUUACCUCCCAAACUUCAAAUCCUCAAACAAAUACAAGAAUUAAGGUCUCCAAAUACGUACAAAAGAUGGCCAAUAGAUUACUGCUAUGUUCAACCUAAUCAUAUACCGGCAGUAAAUGCUUUAUGCGGUGACUUUUUUUGGCCUGGUAUCGAUGUAACGGAGUGCCUAAAUUAUCCGGAGUUUAGCUGUGUUGUCCUGUACGGGAGGCUGCUUAUCGGUUUCGCUUUUAUGGUACCGGAUGUCAGCUACAACGAAGCGUAUAUAUCGUUUAUACUAGUUCACCCGGACUGGCAGCGGGCUGGUAUUGCAACUAAUAUGAUUUAUCACCUAAUACAAACUUGUAUGGGAAAGGAUGUCACAUUACACGUUUCUCCUUCAAAUCCAUCCAUGAUGCUUUAUCACAAAUUCGGUUUCAAAGCCGAGGAACUUAUCCUGGAUUUUUAUCAAAAAUAUUUACCAGAAGAUAGUAAAACCUGCAAACAUGCGUUUUUGUUGAGAUUACAACGAUAAAAAUAUUGUGUUGUAAAGUUUAUUUCGCUUAAACCUGAAAUAAUGGAAAACAUGUU